AUGGACACCAAACGGAAUAUUCUGUUUUCUUGUUCCCAUAAAACGUUUCAAGCAGAGCUCGUUGAUUUAGUUGUCGAAAGGGUUUUGAGUGAAUUAAAAUGUGGCCACCACUUGGUUGCAUGUAAAUACCCUAUUGGAAUUGAUCCCCACGUCACAAAUCUGAUAUCAUUAAUAAAUAGUGAUUCCAAUGAUGUUCAGUUCGUGGGAAUUUGUGGUCCUAGUGGUAUUGGAAAGACAACUGUUGCCAAGGCUGUAUACAAUCAAAUCCUUUCAAAGUUCUAUCGACAUAGUUUUCUUUCAGACAUUAAAGAACAAGCAAUGCAAAGCAAGGGCCUAGCGUCUUUACAGAAGCAACUUCUUAAAGACAUCAGCAAAAUAGAAAUUGACAUAGGUGAUCAUCAUGUUGGAAAAACUUUGAUUAAACAAAUGCUUUGCAACGAAAAGGUUCUUCUUGUUCUUGAUAGUGUGGAUAGUAAAGAACAGUUAGAUGCUUUGGUUGGUGAACUCGAUUGGUUUGGUAAAGGAAGUGAGGUCAUUAUAACAGCCAGAGAACAACAUAUUUUGCAAGUGGCUAAAGUUGGUAAAGAUAAAAUCUACAGGCUUCAAAACCUGAACCCUACAAAUUCUCUUCAACUAUUUAGUUGGCAUGCCUUUUCAGAGAGGGAACCUCCUAAUGAUUAUAUGCAACUUUCACAAGAUGUGGUACGGUGUUUGGGAGGGUUUCCUUUAACUAUAGAGGUGCUGGGGUCUUACCUACUGGACAUUAGAGACAAAGAAGUGUGGGAAAGUACAUUACAAAAACUGAAAGAAAUUCCUGAUGAAGAAGUCGAGAGAAUGUUGAAGAUAAGUUACGAUAAUCUAGAAGACGAGUGUCAAAAAUCUAUGUUCCUCGAUUCUGCAUGCUUUUUCAUUGGAUGGGAGAAAGAAACUAUAAUUUCCAUUUGGGAAGCUUGUGGCUAUCAUCCUAGAUUUACAAUGCAUACACUACUCAAAAGUACACUUCAAGGGAGUUUUUCCAUCCCUUCCUUCUACGUUGAAGUGGUUCAGAUGGAAGAGUUGUCCUUUGCAUAG